AUGUCAACUCAGCCACCUUCUGGAGGGUACUCACUCUUCCCGAACCCCAACGCGAAGCCUCCAGCGAUGCGGAGGCCAGCAUCCCGAACUCGAAGAUCAGAGUCCCGCGAGCGCACCCGCGCUGUGUCUCCUGAGAGCAUACAUCCAGUUGACCAAGCGUCUCCACCGCGCCAUGGCAGACAGACACCGCAGCAAAGAGUCCAGUCGCCGGUUGAGCGGUCCCAAACUCCACAAAGCGUCCACCAGGCCCAAACUAGUGAACAGGAUACAACACCAAGUAGACGUGAGGUGCCAGCGCCGCCUACAACAGCGGCAGCACCUAUCCAACGGCCCCCUCCCGUCGCCGACAUACCACCUCGGUCAGACACCGCCUUCUCUCAAGCCCACACUCUGGUGCGAAGCAACAGCACUCGUUCUCGGAGCUCAAUAGCAAAGAUUCCAAUCCCGGAGGAGUCGUCAUCGUCUUCACAAGAGCAGCCUGCCCUGCGGUCCAUCUUCCCUCGGUAUAACCCCGAAGUGCCGCUCAACCAACAAGACUACUUCCCUACCCAAACCAGCCCGACUCAUAUCCCGCGAGCGGUGAUCAACCGGACCACCUGGUAUCCGGACCCGGAGGGUGAUGGCCAGAAUAACCAGCACAGAAGCCCCAUGAGGAGUCCGCUGAGCGGUGGCUCAACACAACGAUGGCCCAGACGAAACAUUGAACCGCCUAUUAUUCCCAAUGUCUCAACAAACGAGCGUAUGAAAAGCCUAUGGAAGGUAUCCAACGGCUGGAAGGCGCCGCCUUCUGAGGGCAGAGUAUACUGCAUGAAGCUCUCCCAGGAGAAGGAUGCGCCUGUCUACACCUUAUCCUCGUCAUCACAACCAUUCUACAAUCUCCGACUCGAUCCUACUUCUGCCUCAGCAUACGUCACUCUCAGCCGCCACGACCCCGCCAAGAUUUACAAGGCCCCUAAUCCCAUGGCAAGCUCGUCAGCAAGUAGCAUCCUCUCCGGCGUCGUCGGCCACAAAGAUCAUGGCAAGGGCGCCGAAAACAAGCACUGGCAGGAAGUUCUCACGACGACGCUCGAAGAGGAGUCCCGCAAGCAUCCGCCCAACGACGGCCUGGUGGCCCUCCUCUACCCCCUCGCGGCUGCCAAGAUGGCCCUUGACAAGCCGGACGACAUGAACGCCAUUAUGACAGCUGAGACGGAAUGCGCCCGCCUCGUCUGGGACGAGGAUUCUGGCUCGCACUUCCUGGUACAUCCGGCUCUUGCGACGCCCUUCUGCGUCACCAUCGAGCGCUCGCCCGCCUGGAGCCGCGUGGAGUACACACUCGAGCACCACGAGUCGCCACAGCACCUUGCCAAGCUGACACGUGAUGGCACCGGCAGUGGCUACCUCGAGGUUGACACGGCCAUCGCCGCCAAGAUUGACAGUUUCUUCCUUGUCGACGUUGCCGUUACGGCGCUGUUGCUCGUCGCGACUGCAGACGAGAAGAACACCAAGAUCGAGACGUUUGAGCCGCCGCCGGCGCCGCGGGAGCCCAUGGGCGGAGAGCGGCGGCUGAGCAAGAGAGAGGAGAAGAAGCGAGCCGCCGCCGCCGCACGGAGGGGCAAAAUGGAGGAGUUUGAGAUUGACAUUGAGAGCCAGGAUAGCAGCUUUGCAAAGCUGGAGCAGGCUGGCAAGGAGGCGCGCGACGGCUUGCCGUGGCCGCUGAGAGCGCUCUUUAAGGUCGUGGCGGGGCUGUUCAAGUGCCUUGUAUGGUUCCUGACACUGGGCUUUAAGGCGCUUGCUAUCAUUGUCAAGGGGUUGGCCAAAUGUGUGGGUGUCAAGUCAGAAUGA